CCGUUGAUUAGAGGGUUUAUCCGCAGUUUCCAUACACAACCUCGCACGAUAGUCCAAACUUCACACACGAUCUCGCACGAUACUCCAAGCUUCUUCUCAAGUUGGGAAGAAGAUUUUAGGGUUUAAGCGUUCUGCACUUAUGGGUUUCAGGGUUUCAAGGUUUCAGGGAAUUCCGGCUUAAGGUUAAAGGUUUCAGAUAAUUGGGGUACAUGUGCUUUGAGCUUCUAGGGCGUCUAGGUUUCAGGGAAUCAGGGUUUCAAUUAACUGUUCAGGGUUUAUAGGGUUUUGUUAGCUCUGAAUCUAAUGGCAAGGCCUGUCAAAGAAGAGGAGGAAGAAUCUGAAGAUGAAGAAAUAGAAGAAGAAGAGCAAGCAGAUGGUUGGAAUGACUGGGAAGCUGGGGAUGAAGAUUCUGAAGCAGAAUUCCUGUGCUUAUUUUGUGACACUAAGUGGAAUUCCAGAGAAGAACUAUUCAAUCACUGUGUCUCUGAUCAUGCAUUUGAUUUCGAAGGAAUCAGGAAGUCCAUGGGUUUAGGUUUUUAUGGCUCCUUCAAGCUCAUCAAUUACAUUCGCUUUAAGGUGGCAUCAAACAAAUGCUGGAGAUGUGGACUUGGCCUGCAAUCAAAGGAAUCUCUUUUGAAUCAUUUACAUGAAGUGGAGAGUUUCAAUUAUGAUUGUUCAGCACCUUGGGGGGAUGAUAAAUAUCUCCAACCUUUCUUGCAAGAUGAUGCCCUAUUGCAUAGUUUUGGUGGUGAUGAUGAUGAUGAUGAUUUUUAUGAUGCAACCUUCUUGCCCGAUGAAAGAGAUCCAAUGGUUGAGGUGGUCAAUGUUGAUGAAGCUCUUAUGAAAAGUGUGAUAGAUGAGGAAGACAUUUUGGAUAUUGUUGCUACUGAAACUGGUGUUCAAAAUGAAAUUAUCAAAGGCAUGGAUGUGCGUCAAAGUUCUCAAGUGCCAUCCAAGAAAUCGAAGGACAAAAGCUUGAAAGUUUCUUUUGCAAAUGUCAUGGCAAGGGAAAUUAAGAAUGUUAAUGAGAGUUACUUUGGGUCAUACAGUUCUUUCAGCAUACAUAAAGAGAUGAUUAGUGAUAAGGUAAGAAUGGAUGCAUACAGGGGAGCUAUUCUUGGUAACCCUACCCUCAUGAACCAGGCAACUGUCAUGGAUGUUGGUUGUGGCACUGGGAUUUUAAGUCUAUUUGCAGCUCAAGCAGGGGCUUCCAGGGUGUUUGCUAUUGAGGCAAGUGAAAAAAUGGCUUCUGUAGCUAAGCGGAUUGCCAAAGAUAAUGGCCUUCUAAAGCAGAAUGGAGAACCAGCUGGAGCAAUCGAUGUGGUGCAUGGCAUGGUUGAAGAACUAGACAAACGAAUAGAGAUUCCACCACAUAGUGUAGACGUGUUAUUGAGUGAGUGGAUGGGGUAUUGCCUAUUAUAUGAAUCGAUGCUCAGCUCAGUUCUUUAUGCACGAGAUCUCUGGUUAAAACCUGGUGGUGCAAUUCUCCCCGACAUGGCAACCAUUUUUGUGGCUGGUUUCGGGAGAGGUGGGACUAGCUUUCCCUUUUGGGAAGAUGUAUAUGGGUUUGAUAUGUCUUGCAUCGGCAAGGAGGUCACUGAAGAUGCUGCUCAGCUUCCAAUUGUGGACAUAGUAGACAGCCAGACCUUAGUGACUGACCCUUGUGUUCUUCAUAUUUUCGACCUGGUGACCAUGAGACGAGAGGAUAUGGACUUCACUGCAAACUUUGAACUAACACCCAAGUCUCAAAACAGUCCAUCAAGCUCUCCCAAUAUGGCAAUUUGGUGCUACGGAGUCGUGCUAUGGUUUGAUACUGGCUUCACCAGCCGCUUCUGCAAAGAAACGCCCACCAUUCUAUCAACCUCUCCUUUUGGCCCUAAAACACAUUGGUCUCAAAUUCUUCUCACAUUCAAAGAACCCAUUGCCCUUUUGUCGGAAAACUCGCUGCAAAAUUCUGAGACUGCCAGAAAAUCUGGCCUGAAAAUCGGUACCGAUGUGGACCCUGCUGUGAAGAUCAUGGGUCGCAUCAGCAUUGCUAGGGCUUCUCGGCAUAGAAGUAUUGAUGCUUCAAUGGAAAUCACAGGUGUUGGCCAUGAUGGUGGUACCCAGACAUUUCCUGUUCAGAUCUUUAACAUGUGAUGAUGGGGUUGUAGAUCAACAGUUCGGGAUUUUCCAUUUCAUUGGGAUCUUGUUUUGGGAGGUGUUGGAUCGAGGGAUGCGAUCAUAAAAGGUGGAAGGUGAUGAUGGUAACAGAGGAAUGUUUGUGAUGAUGGGUUUGUUGGCUAGUUUUUCUUCCCCUUGUUUUGUUCCCUGGAAAUUUGAGCAGUUUAAUUUUGUUUUGUCAUUUUAGCAGCAGGCAUUUUUUUUUUUUGAAAAGAACGGUUACAGGCAUCGAGUGGUGGUUUGGUUCUCAUUUUGAUUUUAUGACUUGUGGGAUUUCAUUAUGGGGUUUAUAUGCAAGGAGUGCAGUUAAGGGAUUUGUAAGAAUAAAACAAAUCAUCGACCUAGCCAUUGGAAGCCAACCAGAGAUGUCUGGUGUGUGUCGUUUCUCGAGCAAUCCCAGCCAUCUAUUGCCGACAUCCAUGGCCGUGGGUAGUCUCUUUGCUCUGCUUCUUAUGUUCUUGCCCCUCGUACUUGAUAAUUAAGGGGAGCUCAACAUCUUUGAUAGACACUGUUUUGUUGAACUACAAAGUAAGUCUUAUGGUAUCUUGGGAUAUGUUUAAA